AUGACAAGGCUAGAAUUCAACCCCGUGUAUUGGCAUCGAGUGGACCAAGUCGCUGACCAUAGCAAUAGCAUACAAACAAGUGAAGUAGAAACAUUUGGAAUUAGCAUUAGCCUGGACAUUGGUGUGCUGGGAAUUUACCUCAAGCCGGCGUCCAAGCAAAAGCUGCAGAGGGCGAGGCAAGUGGAGUCGAACGGGGUGACAGGGGUGACCCGCUGGAUCCAAUCGGCGGUGGAGAUGACUCCGAUGUAG